AGUUUCAUGGUCGGCAGGCCUAUUUUCAUCUCAAAACACACCCAUCAACCACUUCUCAGUGGCCCAUUCCGCUCGUUUUGAUCGACACGGCGUUUCUGGCAGGUCCAGCCGUCCAACCAUUCAAAAGCAAUGGACUCUUAUCCCCGUGCAUCCACCAACAGUCAAGCUGUGGCUCGACUACAUAUUGACGCCCUGACUAAAUCCGGGAUAUCGCGCGACGAGCUUUUAUCCGCUCUCUUGGAGGGUUAUAAUACGACAACCAGCGAGGGAGUUCCUUCGACAAUGAUGUCACACAACACUUCUUCCAUCUUCUCAACGCAGGAGCAGCACGCUUCGACGAUGAACGACAAGAGCCGUCACAACUCCGUAUCGACUACCAGUUCGGGGUCAUCAGGAAGGGCAAGCAUUUUAUCCGCGGCAACCUCAACGAGCUCGGUCUCAUCACAGAACAUCUACGACACAACGGGGUCGCCAUCACUCAAGACGGCACUAUCAGUACCAGGAGGAACAAAAAUCAACAACCGGGGUGCCUCUAAACCCCAAGGUCCUUACUGGUGCACAUUCUGCAAUGUCAGUUUCCAGCGCAAGUUCGACUGGAAGAGGCACGAGGACGAAUUCCAUGAGCGACAUAAGCGUUACCCCUGCCCGGACUGCAACAGCAUCUUCUGGGGCGCCAAUACCUUCAACCAGCAUCACAAGAACGCACACGGGUGCACGACCUGCCCGCACGCUGGGCAAGUGGUCCGGUAUACGCAACGGAGGACGGCUUGGGCCUGUGGAUUCUGCGGUGCAUUCAUGGGAGCUAGGGACCGGUAUUUCGACCAUGUGGCGCGGCACUACGAGGAGGGAUGCAACAAGACGCAUUGGAAUCACUCGCUCGUCAUUUACGGGUUGCUUCACCAGCCGGUGGUCAGCCAGGCGUGGAAGGAGUUGUUUGCGCAGCUGUAUGGACAUUUAGCACGCGACCAGCAGCCGAUUCUGGGGUGGGACGCGGAGGCAACGGGUCACGCUCAGGGGUUCUUGGAGGGGGAGGCCCCGGGGAAGUUGCAGGAUUUGCUCGAAUUCUUCAAGGGCGGACGAGAGGACGCGAAACGGCUUGCGAGGUUGAGUCACGAUCAGGCUAUCAUUCGGUCGCGUCAGGGAGUGGCUAUCACGGCGAUUCGGGUACCCGUGCCGAAACCGAGUGUGGAAUCUUUGAGGCCGAGCUCGAAGCGAUCAACGGCGUCUAUGGAAUCAUUCAGACACAAGUCGAUACUGCAACAGCAGCAGCAGCAGCAGCAGCAGCAGCAGUUCAACAAACAUAACAGCGCCACUAGCGGGAAGACCAAGACCGUUUUCCCUCAGCUGAGCCCUACUAACCUACAACACCCACCCCGACACCACCAACAACGGCAACAGCAUCAAAUUCAACCACACCAAGAACCCACAUUCCAAAAACAACGAUCAUCCUCCCUCCCCUCUACCACCACCACCUCCACCUUAACUCAAUUCCCCCUACCACCAACAAACAAAUACUCCCACCUCCACUCCCACAGCCUCAAAUUCUCUCUACCUGUGGAAACCAUCUACGAAAACCCCGAAGCAGCAUCCACCACAACGACAGUCAACUUUUUCGAGAACACACUUGCCGCUACUGCGGCCAUGACGGCGACGUCUAAGCAGCAACACCAACUGGAUCUACAGGAUCAACAGCAGCAGCAGCAGCAGCAGCAACAACAACAAAAUCAAUUCAUGAUACCCCCGCUUUCUCUUCCGGCUGAUAGUCUUUUUGAUAAUUUGGAUUUUGGCGAGUUUGAGGAUUGGAGCAGUAUUACUAGUACGGUGGUGACGGGGGAUGAUCGGGCUAGUGGGUUUUCUGUGCCGGGGGUAUUGACGGGAUCUGGGGGCGGGAGUUCGGGGGGAUGGUGAAAGCAGAUGAUGGGAAGAAGUGGAAGAGAAGUGGAAAUCUUUUGAAAAUGAUGCGAUUUGA